AUGUCGACAGUAACAACGCCUAAAAGGCGCCUGGAGCAGCUCACCGGCCAGAUUGCACAACCUCCAAUCAUCGAUGGAGGGACAUAUAAAGGCAUGCCCCGCGUCGCCCGACGGGCUGGAGACUCGGUAGGACAACGCGCACAGGGCAAAGUGGUCAUCAUCACGGGCUGUAACUCACCACUGGGCAUGGGCCGAGCAACGGCUCACCAGUACGCCAGGAAUGGUGCCCGGGCAGUCUACAUUUGUGACUACAUGGACGACUACCUGAAUCUCCAUGUGGAGGAGAUGAACGAGCUCUACCCUGAGGUCGCUGUCCACGCCCGGAAGUUUGACGCAGGAGACGAAGCUGGAGUCAAGGCCGUCGUCGCCCAUGCCCUGGAGACUUACGGCCGACUCGAUGUCUUCUUUGCCAACGCUGCAAACUCGGGGACCUGGAAGGAGGUCUGGAAUAUGGAGGUCGACGAGUUUGAGCGGACCAUUAGGACGAACUUGACCAGUGUCUUCCUAGCCAUCAAACACGCUGGCCCGGCAAUGCAGGUAACCAGCAAGGACAAACCCUACUCCAGCGGCUCCAUCAUCGCGACCUCUUCGACGGCCGGUCUCCGCUCGAACGGAGGCAGCACUGACUACAGCGCCGCAAAGGCAGCUGUCGUGAGUCUCGUGCAGACCGCUUGUUUCCAGUACGCGGGCCGCAACAUCAGAUGCAAUGCCAUCGCGCCGGGCAUGACGCACUCUGGGAUGACGGAGCCGGUCUUCUAUGGUCCCGCCCGAGAACGGGGCACGCUGCACAAAGUCGGACAGCUGUGUCCUCUCCGCCGCGGUGCAGUGGCGGACGAGAUCGCAAGAGUCGCCUUGUUCCUGGGCUCGGAUGAAGCCAGCUAUGUCAAUGGCCAAGUCUGGGCCGUUGACGGUGGACUGAGCUCUGGCUUGCCCUACAAACUGGGGAAUAUGGCAUAA